CCGUAGUGGGGCGGCGCCGGCGCAUCACAGUCAAAACAACCAUCAGAAUGAGCGCUCACGCUCUCUGGUUCCUCUGUGCAGUGAUCUGUGUUGCUGGUGUGAGUGCCACAGUGCAAGAUGCGCCUGCACCUGAUAAGAAAAUCGAACUUUUUGAUGGGGUCCGGGUCAAUGUACCCCAGGAGAGCAACAGCACGGGACCGGUGAUGUCUUUGGAGGUGGACACCGGGAGUAUAGUCGAAGGUCGAGGGAAGCAGAAGAAGCUCCUGGAGCGAAUCCUGCCGAUGUUCAUCAUGCCGUUCCUCAUCCAGUCCACGAUAGUCCCGCUAUUCCUCAGCAUGCUCAAGUUCAUGCUGAUGAAGUCUCUCUUCGUGGGAAAACUCGCUCUCAUGCUGAUUAUUAUUAACGCGUUUAAAAAUAAUAACGCCGUAAAGGGACGAGAUGCUGUGAUGGCAGAUAUACACUAUGGGUACCAUGGCAACGGGAUGGAAGAGUAUGGUGCAUACGUAAAUUAAAGGCAAUGGAGAUUGCACUAUGUAGAGAGAGAGAAUAAAGAUAUUGAUAGAGAAAUAUCAGCUUAGGGCAGUCCACUACUCGUGAUAAACUCGUGGAGCCCCAAAAGCUCUCCCACCUUUUCAUCCAGUAAUUCAUCAGCUAAUAAAUCUUCAAAAUGUUCGGUUUUUGUAAAGUGACGCCAUUCUAUAACCCCGUCAAGUGACAGUUAUCUGGUUCGCAGUGUCUGUGUGUAAUUUCGUUUCUAAGGAAAAUAAGCACAAUUUCCUUGUUUAUUUUAAUGGAGGUACGGGAAAAAAGAAAUUCAAUGCUUGUCAAACAUUUUUCGACGAAAAUUUUGGUGGCAUCUUUAGGCCUAUAUACAUACAUACAUACUUACCUAUGCAGCUUAACAGGAUUACUGGCUUUAGUAAGUCAGUAAGGCGCUUACUCUACAAAACCACUGCUUCCAUUGCGGUGACAAAACCAGACGAUUUCAGUUUUGCUACAAAAAUUCGGAUGUAUCUUCAACAAUGACUCUCUUACUAAGUAGAACCUAGCUAAUCUAGAUUUAUUAAAAUACUUAAAUGUGAUAAUGGCAGCACGUUCGCACAUUUAAGUAUUCAAAAGAUGAAAAUCUUUUAAGAUUGUGGUAAUUAAGUUAGCUUUAGCCUUUUCUAAGUCAUACUUUUAUCAUGAAAAAUUGUCUUGUACAUGUCAAUUAUUAUAAGUAUUUUUCAGUGAUUGUACCUAAAAGUACAUAAUUUACCUAAAAAUAUUAUUCCACCCAUAGCAUCAUCUCUAAAAUCUGAGGCCUCCACCUAAUUACUAUCAAUACUACUAAGUAGCAUUUGUAUACACUUUUGAAAGCAAAAGUAAAAAAGGAGCCUAAAUUCCUCAGACAAAAACAAUUAUGUAUGAGACUUUUUAAUGAACUUUCACUGAACGACUUUUUGGUUUGUUUCUCCGUAGAUAGGUGAUACGUAGUAUUAAGACUAUAUUGCCCGUAUUCACAAUCGAUGCUAACUUAAGUGAAGCAGCAAAUCGAACGCACAGCGUUGAAUAAAGCUCUGUGAUUGGUUCGUGUGUCACCCUGUGCGUCCACGCGCACUGUGAGACCUCUUAGUAAUGUUUGUGAAUACGGGCGCGGGGUUGUUUUUCAACACCUAGAUACAUCUAACAUUGGGCGAAAUAAUAUUAUAAGCAUAAUUUGUCUGUACAUUCUAACUUUAAGACUACCUGUAAAUACAUCAUUUAAUUAAAAAUAAUUUAUUCUUGUAAAUACUUAACUAACUGUCUCUUCUUGGAGCAGUCUAUUAUACAAUUUAUUAUUUAUUUUAGGUAAUACUGAAUUAUUUAUUUUGAUUAAUUAGAGUUUUUAUUUUUAUAAUCUUUUUAUAUUAUUAUUGAUUCUUUAUUAUACCCAAAUGAUUAGGUAAUACCUGACUAUGAUAUUUUAACUUGAGCCUGCAAAUUAUCUGCAUAAGUAGAAACUUUUCAUAUUUUAUUAGGUUCAGGGCAUACUUAAGUCAAACUCUAUUCUUAAGCUAGUAUAGAAAAUGAGGAAUGUAGGUAUACUGAAGGUAUACUUGACUUACUUGACUUAUGGUCCUAUGUCCCCUAGAUGGGGCAGAGGGCGUCCACAACAGUCCUCCAUCGCGUUCGGUCUUGAGCUAUGUGUUUGAUCUCGCUCCAAGUCUUGCCGAUCUUCUUCGCCUCGUCUGCCACAGUGCGCCGCCAAGUUUGCUUGGGGCGACCACGUUUGCGUUUUCCUUGGGGAUUCCAAUCCAGAGCCUGCUUGGGGAUGUGAUCGGGAUCCCUUCGGAGAGUGUGGCCAAUCCAGUUCCACUUGCGGCGCUUGAUCUGCUGGUCGAUCGUAAUUUCGUGGCAGCGUUCCAAUAGCUCGACGUUGGAGAUUUUCUCAGGCCAGUAUAUCCCGAGAAUUCGGCGAAGGCAGCGGUUGACGAAGACCUGCAGCUGGUGCGAGAUGACCUUGGUGACCUUCCACGUUUCACACCCAUAGAGCAGCACGGAUUUAACGUUGGACCCGAAAAAGAGAAAAUGAGGAAUGUAGUUAUACUGAAGGUAUACAGAAUCGAAUAAAAAUUAAGCUCAAAGAACUGAAAUUAAAGUACAAUAAAACUUUCAAUACCGCAAGUAACUAGGUGUGACCACUCUUAUCAAUAUAGAAUUUUCCAUUAUUGAAGUUUUACUUAUAUUCAAUUUUAUUAUUAUAAGUGCCUAACUUUGAUAAGACAUUUUAUAUGGCAGUCGUGCAUUUAAAUAAACUACAGAAUUCAUUGCACUUAUUUGUUUUCAUUGACAGUUUGAUAGUAGUUAUUUAUGACUCUACAUUAUCUACUUUGUACCAGAGCUAUAAAAUAGUGACCAUUUGCUUUACCUUGAGUAAUGAAACUUCAACUUGAUUAGUCAAGGUAUGGAAACUGGCAUACCUAGAUUGCUAAGAAUCGGAUGACCACAAUUAAAAUACUACUGUAGACUUACUAACAAAGUUUAAAACUCUAAACUUUAUUGUGAAAUAGUUGCACUUUUCUUUAGUUCAUUAGAUGUCUGAGAAAAUUACGAGACCGAGACUUAACUUCGACUUAUUGAAAAAGUAGACGGAGUUUCCUUUCGAGAUUUUAUUUCACUUUUGUAAACUGAGACCGGGCUUACAAUUAAAGAUACAAAUAAAAAUGGAUUUAGAACUUAUGGAUAUUGCAAAUAAAAUUAACAAGUUAGUACUCAAAAUAAUAGAGGACAGAGGAAGAUUCUAAUUCCUGCCAUACCUACGCCUCUUACCAACGUAUCUAAGAUUUAGCUUAGUUGUAGUGUAGAUUAAAAAUUACCUUUAUGGUAGUCUACAUUAGAAAAAUUGAUGUGUCCUUGAAUUUUCUCGCGCGGUACAUUGCAGUGCCUUUCCACUGAAAGCACUCCACUUCAAACUAAAAAUUAAUACGAAGAAAAAAUAUAUGUAGACCAAUGAUAUUAUAGAACUUUUGUUUUUAUAAUAUCAUUGAUGUAGACAGUAAAAGUAAUAAUUUUAUUUUACAUACUUGAGAAGCAAAAAAUCACCAGGCAUAAUAAAGAAAAGAGUGUGACGCUUGUAAUAUCUGAUAAAACAUAAUAUUUUCAGUUAUAGCCUGACCAGGAACAUAAAAACCCUCGCCAUGUUGCGGAAAACUAAUGGUACUAAUUUCUUUUAAUGGCAACAGUAACUGAAAACUUCAUUGACAUGUCACCUUGCAUGUCAGUCUAUUGUUGUCAAAGUGUAAACAAACUUUAUUUUAAAUGUGUGCAAUUGAUUUUGUGAAUUAAAUUGCUAAAAUAUUUUUACAGUCGUGAAAGAAAAGUGGUUCACGAUGUGUUAAUGUAUUUGUCGAAGAGAAAUACUAAGGGUUCGGACAAUAUUUUCAUUGAAUAAUGUUUCCGACAAAGGUUGUCAAAUUGACUGACAUGUUUAUCGUAUAGUACAGUCCACUAUGAAAAUUUGCUGUAGUCUGUUUCAACUACCUAUUUUAAAGUUUUUUGUCACUUUCUAAGUUUUUAAUUUUAUGGAAUUGGGAAAGAAGUACCGAGUUUGAAGCGUUCUUGAGCAGACAUUGCAGUUGAAUAUUCAAGUUCUGAAUUUGAUUAUUGAUGAAUAAUAAAAUAAAUCCUACUAGCUCGA